AUGGUCAAAGAGCCAACAGAGUUCCAGCAGCGUCGCCUUCAGCGUCGUCUUGAGGACCUCGAGCGUACAAAUCCCACUGAUAUCCCCGCGACCUCGUUCCAGCCUCCGGCGCCGCCCGCCAACUCGCCCGCCGCGCUAGCGCUCGCAGCCGCCAAGAAGAAGCAGACGCCGAAUGUCCGCCGUGCACUGUACGGAAAGAAGAGCCUGCGCGACUGGCUUGGCGAGCUCCCUCCGUCCCCGACGCCGCCGUACAUCACGGCCGCGGCACCCGCGCCUGCGACGCCGCCACGACGUAUCUGCGCGUCAUGCGGAUAUUUGGGGGCGUACGCUUGCCGGCGGUGCGGCGAGUGGAGCUGCAGCAUCGAGUGUGUGGGCGUGCAUGAACGAGAUGGAGGGUGCGGAGUUGCCGCUUAA